UUACAGUUUAAAGGUUAUGGAAGUCCUCUACAUCUUCCAUGAAGGAGCUAUACUGAAAUUAGGGAUCAAAGCGAGACGCAGCGUGUAGGUUGCCUGGAGUUGUGGCUCAUGCCACACCAAAGCCCGGCCCCAAACUCUCAGCUGUACCACAUAACCCCAUUUCUGGAAUAGGGCCAGGAGGGAUUGGGUGCACAGGACUGCUGUUAUGCCCCUCACCGAACAAGAGCACAAACCCUGGUCUGCACUGAAGUCUCUCCUCAUUCUUAUGCACCAGGGCUUGCUCGGGCAUCCUCGAUAUCCCCCUCCCGUCGUGCCGGGGCAGUUCCCGGGAGCUCCGCAGUUUUCGGCAUGGCAGUGGACUGGUUCGGCUUUGGCUACGCCGCCCUGGUGACAUCAGGAGGGCUCAUUGGCUAUGCAAAAGCAGGCAGUGUUCCAUCACUAGCUGCUGGCCUUUUCUUUGGGGGUUUGGCUGGAUUGGGUGCUUAUCAGCUCUCACAGAAUCCAAGUAAUAUUUGGCUUUCUCUGAUUACAUCUGGAACACUGUCUGCCAUCAUGGGAACAAGAUUUUACAACUCCAGAAAAUUCAUGCCUGCGGGGCUAAUUGCUGGUGUCAGUUUGCUAAUGGUUGGAAGAUUAGCACUGAAGAUGUUGGAAAAGCCCCAGGAGAAGUAGCUGAUCAUUUUACAGCCUAAUAUCUGGAUAAGGAAACCUGAUAAAGAGGUUGCAUAAAUUCAGAAGCAUGAAGAUGGAACAAUUUUCUAUAUCAAGGCAUUUUUUGCCUUUUUUUAUAUAAAGGGGAGUACAAUGAUGGGACAGAUAGUUUAUAAACUUUCGUUUAUAUACAUUUGUUUCAGUGAUCAGGUAGACCUAUUUGUGUCCAGAGAGAAACGGGUCCUGGGUUUGAUUUUUCCAGAUAUGAAUCAGUGUAUUUUAACACUUCCAGUUUUUAUAUUCCAAAAUAUUUUGCUGACAUAAAUGAAGCAGACCAAACCUGUAAUUAAGAAAAUAACCACAAAGAGGCACUGGGAGUAAUUUGCUAAAUACAACAGUGUAUCUCAAAGCUUUUGUACUUAGUAUUACAGCAUGCUUUACCUGUUGCAUCUGAGUUGAUACACCACAUCUGCAUAACACCAAACAGAUCUUACAUUUUUAUUCUGAAAUUAUGCUAAAAUGUUGCUUUUGUACAAGUAAAUUCUAUUACAAACCUUUA